GCUCUGAUUGUCACGAGUAUUUAUAAUGACGGAGGGACCGUCUGCGAGCAUGCCGGCUGAAAAAGUCAAACGUUGCCAAUGAAACGCAGCAGGAGCGAAAGAACGAGGCAAGGGAUCGUAACACUGGAGCUCAAGGAUAAACCAUGGACUCUGCAUACAUCCCACCACACCUGGACGUCCACCAUGCUCCCUGCUAACCUCCUGCUCCUCAUGGUCUUGCUGCUACCUCAAGCCUCGUCUGGCCGCCAGGGUGGAGAAUCCAGCGAGACCGACAAUGGCAGGGUGCCCCCGACCCCUCCGUCCCCGUCGCCCGCCGCGGCGCUGCCCGCUGAUCCCGGUCUGGCUCAGACCAUCCAGUCUCUCCUCCUGAGCCGGCUGGGCCUACAGUCUCAGCCGAACCCCAGGCCCGACGUGCCGGUUCCGCAGUACCUCCUCGACCUCUACCGCUUCCACCAGCAGCAGUACCACCUGCUGGAAGACCCGACGUUCAGCUUCCCCAGCCACCACAUCCAGCAGGCCAACACUAUUCGCAGCUUUCACCACAGUGAGCCCUUUGGAGACAACACCACAGUAAGAGAUCAGACAAGAGUGCACAUUUCCUUCAACAUCUCCUCCAUACCUCAAGAUGAAACGGUUCUCUCUGCUGAGCUUCGCCUGCUCCGCAGCCAGACGGCGUCCCUGGGCCCGGGACCUCACAGGUUAAAUCUGUACCUUUCUAAACACCAUGGGGAUCCUGAGCCCACUUUGCUUGAGACGAGACUACUCACCAGUGGCCUCCAUGGCAAUAAAUCCGGUAGCUUCUGGGAGGCAUUUAGCCUAAAUGCGGAGCUCCUCCGUAAAACCCAGGGUGGGACUGGCAGUUUGGGCUUCCUCCUGGAGGUCAGACCUGAAAACAGCACUGCCCCACCUGACCAGGGCAACUCCUCUGCUGCAGGUGACAGUCAGACAGAGCAGCGUCAGGAGAGACACCUGAGGGUGUCCAGGUCUGUGGGACAGGACGAUCACAGCUGGGCCCAGGAGAGACCUCUCUUGGUGACUUACAGCCAUGACGGCCACGGAGAGCCUUUAGUCAAACACGGCAGGAGAACUUCUGGUAACAGCAAGUGGAUUAAGGCCAGAAAAGGGUCAAACAUGAAGACCAAGAGAAGCGGCAAAGGCCACAAUAGAGACCAAGGCUGGGGGAAGACCCGAAAAACGGGUUACUCCAUGAAGAGCUGGGGGGACGACAAGGGAGAAGUAAGCUGGAGCGACCGUGGAAGAGUGAAACGAAACGGCAGCCCCGCUAAGCUGAAGCGGCUUUCCCGUGGCAGGUGCCGGCGUCAUCCUCUGCACGUAGAUUUCAGAGAUGUGGGCUGGCACAAGUGGAUCAUCGCGCCGAGCGGCUACGACGCCUUCUUCUGCCUGGGAGAGUGCCGUUACCCUCUGGCCGACCACAUGAACGCCUCCAGUCACGCCGUGGUCCAAACCAUGGUGAACUCUGUGAACGGAGCAGUGCCCCGGGCCUGCUGCGUCCCAACCUCCCUCAGCCCCAUCGCCUUGCUUUACCUGGACAAUCACGACAGAGUCGUGUUAAAGAAUUACCAGGACAUGGUGGUGGAAAGCUGCGGCUGCUGGUAGAGGAGCCGGCGGGCUCAGACGCAGCGACUCUGACAAGGAAACAAAGAGGAGACCGAAAGAACAGAAGGACGGGAGGAAGAGGCCAGAAAGCUGCAAACAGACAGAGACUGAAAAAAAAACAACAACAAAAACACAGCAUACAGAAAUAUGAGCAGAGA